CGGCAAACCCAGACAUGAUCCCCCAGUGCCGCCGGGCACCCAUGGCCCAUCUGGGCCCUUCCUGGGCCCCAGUCCUGUUGCUGACACUCGGGCUGCACAGCCUCCAAGCCAGAGUACCCAGUGACAUAAACCCUGACUUUGGGGAGAGGUACUUUGAGCAGCUUCUGGACCAUUUCAACUUUGAAAGGUUCGGCAACAAGACCUUCCCCCAGCGGUUCCUGGUGUCAGACAAGUUCUGGGACAGGGCCGAGGGACCCAUCUUCUUCUACACCGGGAACGAGGGGGAUGUGUGGUCCUUUGCCAACCACUCGGGCUUCAUCGUGGAGCUGGCGGCCCAAGAGGCAGCUCUGCUGGUCUUUGCAGAACAUCGGUACUAUGGGAAGUCACUCCCCUUCGGCAAGCGGUCAACACAGCGUGGCUACAUGGAGCUGCUGACGGUGGAGCAGGCCCUGGCCGACUUUGCUGUGCUUCUUCAGGCACUACAGAGGGACCUGGGGGCUCAGGAUGCCCCCACCAUCGCCUUUGGUGGGAGUUAUGGGGGGAUGCUCAGCGCCUACCUGAGGAUGAAGUACCCCCACCUGGUGGUGGGGGCGCUGGCAGCCAGUGCACCUGUCAUAGCUGCAGCAGGUCUUGGAGACCCUGACCAAUUCUUCCGGGAUGUCACCGCGGCCUUUGAGAGCCAGAGUCCCAAAUGUGCCCAGGGUGUGCGGGACGCCUUCCAGCAGAUCAGAGACCUGUUCCUGCAGGGAGACUAUGACACAGUCAGCCGGGAAUUCAGCACCUGCCAGCCGCUCUCAGGCCCCAAGGACCAGACCCAGCUCUUCGUGUUUACCCGGAAUGCCUUCACUGUGCUGGCCAUGAUGAACUACCCAUACGCUACCGACUUCAUGGGGCACCUUCCUGCCAACCCUGUCAAGGUGGGCUGCAAUCUGCUGCUGAGUGAGGCCCAGAGAAUCACAGGGCUGCGGGCCCUGGCAGGACUGGUCUACAAUGCCUCAGGCACAGAGCCCUGCUAUGACAUCUAUCAACUGUACCACAGCUGUGCUGACCCCACGGGCUGUGGCUCUGGCCCUGAUGCCAAGGCCUGGGACUACCAGGCCUGCACUGAGAUCAGCCUGACCUUUGCCAGCAACAAUGUGACUGACAUGUUCCCUGUCCUCCCAUUCACUGAGGCUCAGCGCCAGCAGUACUGCCAAGAAGCAUGGGGCGUGUGGCCACGACCAGACUGGCUACACACCAACUUCUGGGGGGGCGACCUCAAAGCUACCAGCAACAUCAUCUUCUCCAACGGUGACCUGGACCCCUGGGCAGGUGGCGGGAUUCAGCAGAACCUGAGCGCCUCAGUUGUCGCCAUCACCAUCCCUGGGGGAGCACAUCACCUGGACCUCAGAGCAUCCCACCCGGAAGAUCCCCACUCCGUUGUGGAGGCCCGAAGGCUGGAGGCUGCUCUCAUUGGCAAGUGGGUGAAGGCUGCCAGGCACAAGCAGUGGCUGGCCCUGCGUUGGGGACCCAGAGGCUAAGACCAGAGGAUGCCAAGGGGCGUCUCAAGGUUCCUGGUGGAGUGAGACACCAGCCGCCUGUGCUGUGUCUGGCUGAUGCACCUGGAUCUUGAGGCCUGGCCCACAGUGGCUGCCCAGUGUGGGGGCUUUACUAGGAGGGGCUGGUGGAAAGUGAAGGGGCUGAAUAAAUGUCUGGCUGCCUGGUCUGAA